UGUGUACGUGCGGCUGCAGCUGGGCGGAGAAACGCCGGCAGCCCAGGGUUGGGCUGCUGGGGCGCAGCCAGACCUGUGGCGCGGCGGGGAGGGGCCGGCCCGCUGGCCCUGGGGAUCUUUAAAUUCUCCUGCUCUUGGGCGGCUUGUGCUCUCUUACCUGUUUGUCUGCAGCGAGCGCCUCACCGCUCUGCUCUCCCAAGCACUCCAGUCCUCUACUUUAGGUGGGAGAUGCUGUUGCUCGAUUGCAACCCCGAGGUGGAUAGUCUGAGGCAUCUGCUGGAGACCGGGGCCUCCGUCAACGCACCCCCGGAUCCCUGCGAGCAGUCGCCUGUCCACUUGGCCGCAGGUGGCGGCCUUGCUUGCUUUCUUCUCUGGCAGCUGCAGACCGGCGCUGACCUCAACCAACAGGAUGUUUUUGGAGAAGCUCCACUACACAAGGCAGCAAAAGUUGGAAGCAUGGAAUGCCUCAGCCUGCUUGUAGCCAGUGACGCCCAAAUUGAUUUAUGUAAUAAGAAUGGGCAAACAGCUGAAGAUCUUGCUUGGUCAUGUGGAUUUCCAGAAUGUGGCAAGUUUCUUACAACAAUUAAAUGUAUGCAGACAAUAAAACCAAGUGAACAAUCCAAUAAAGAUCAUUGUGUUCCAGUGCUCAGACAGAAACGAAGUUUUGGAAGUAAAGAAGAUACAAAUGGGAAAAGGAAGUGUUGGUAAGGAAUUCAUAGUUUCUUCUUUCUUCCUCCCUCAAGGAUCUCUUAUUUAGCACAGAAUUUAUUGUUUCAUUUAAAUAUUGGCAGUCUUAUUUCUAGUAUAACUUUUCAUUCUCAUUAACACAUUUUAAUACUGGUUGUAGUAACUACUACUAGAUUCUAGAGACCAAAAAUUGUCCUGCAUGGUGGAAGAUUGGGAAGGAAACCUUUUUAAAAAAAGUUUUUAAUGUUAAUAUGUUUUUUAACAACAGAUGUAUUGGUUAUGAAGAGGUGUGGAGAAGGUCUUCACUUCAUGCAGAUCUACUGCUCAGCUACAAGCUAUGGCUUUUGGCUCAUCAAGUGUGUCUAAACACCUUCUAAGAAGGAGGAAAACUUUCUUCUAAGUGAAGAUAACAUUCAAGAAUACAUGUAUUUAUAUGCCUGUAACAUUCUGGUUGUGCAUGCUUUGUCUUUUAAUUUAUUAAAGGAGUGUCUAAAGAAUAAAU